AUGUCAGAUUUGUUAGGCGGAGCUACGGGCUCGGCUAACAAUGCCGCUAGGCCAGCAGCUUCCGGUUCACCCCACAUUCGUGGCCCUAGAGAUAUUAUGAGAGAUAGACAAGCUCGGGAAGCUCGAAAAGCAUCUGAAGCAUCCGAACAAAAAGCCAGAGCUGCCGAACAAAAACGAAACGAAGAAGAAUUAAUGAGACAAGCAGAGAGAAGAGCAGCUGCUGGCGCUGCAGCACAAAGAAUUGAAGAACGUGGUGAAGGACAACGAAUUUCGGGCAAUUCGCAAAGAAUAGAUCGAAGAGCUGGAGAUCGAACAACCAGUGGUGAAGAAACUAUAAAGCCAGUUGAUCAACCGAUGCAAAGACGUAAUACUUCGACGCGAGCUCCUGUAGGCCCAGAAGUUGCACCACUUCGACUUCCAAUGCAGUCAACAAAACCCACCGAGACUGGCGGCACAAGCCAACCAGGUUUAUCCACUGGAGCUGGUCCAACUCAACCUGCACCUUUGGCCGUUCCAGGCCGUGAAGGCCCAACUCGAUCAUCAUUUCCUCAUGCAUUUGAGCGCUGGGAGACUCUUUCCGCACAUUGGGAGGGUCUUACGAGUUUUUGGCUUCGCAGACUUGAAGAAAAUUCCUCUGAGAUCAGUCGCGAUCCACUAUCACAACAAUUAUCUCGACAAAACACUGAUCUGUCAGCUGCUGGUGCAAACUUGUUUCAUGCCGUCGUCGAAUUACAACGUUUACGAGCUUCAUCUGAGCGGAAAUUUCAGCGGUGGUUUUUCGAGACAAGAGAACAAGAAGAACGUGCUACAGAGAACUUGGCAGUAAUGGCUAAACAAUUAGAGGAUGAGCGCAACUCCAGAAGUCAGGCUAUAAAGGAGGCUAUUGAGGCGGACAGACGAAAGGAUCACUCAGAGAAGGUUAUCUCUGAGUUGAAGAGAGAGCUAGAGAUCGCAAGAAGUGAGGCUCGCAGAGCAUGGGAUGAACUUGGUCGUCGCGAGACAGAGGAACGUGAGCGAACGAUCUCCCUACGAGAAGGUCAACCGACAUUAUUAGGUGGAGUUCAAGUCGUUCCAAUGAUUCAAGGCGUUCCAAGUCGACAUGGAAGCACUGCUGUUAGAGAUCUUCCACCAACGAGACAAGGAGGCCCCUCAGAUUCUGGAAGCGGAAGUGUACGGACAGGAGGCCGAUUUGCAGACCCUGAGAGCCCAACUGGAUCCAAUGACGUCUACCAACAAUACCAACGCUCUCAACGUGCCGAACCCGCUGAUCCCUUCAUCCAACGUCGAGCUGCGGCAACGACAUCUGCACCAUCCUCGGCCGGUGGGACACCAUACAUUCAAGCACCAGCUGUACAGCCUGCAUCGCCCGGUACCUACUAUCAACAAUCGGAAGGUCGCCCGACUAAUCCAAGUACCCAAGCCGGCCGGACCGAGGGUCAGUACGACGGAUCAAAUAGCGACGAUGAAUAUGAGAUUGAUGAACAGGGCCGCUAUGUUCUUGAUGCAGACGGCAACAGAAUUCGAUACUCCAAUGAUGUUUCUGACAGUGAUACAGCUGAGUAUGAGCAUAGUCCUCGUCAACAUCGUCAAGGUCGUGCUCCCAUUACUGGACCUCCAAUCCCAAUGUCUGGUGUCGAGUAUGGACAAGGUCCAACGACAAUCACAGCUGGCAAUCCCGCUCCUACUCCUGCUACCACAGUAGAUUAUUCAGGAUCUGGAUAUGGAGCAGGUGGUGCAGGUGUAGGCUGGGAAUCAUUUCCUCGUCACCAUCAUCCAACUCGUCUCAGUGAUGUAUUGGAAGAAGACGAGAGAAGUCGUACGAGUGCAAGCCAAGUCAGUCGACGCGAAUAG